CAUCGCCACUAGCGACCGUCAUAUUGGCUGUCAAGAAGAAGGAAGACACGGGCGAGAGAGAGGAGGCUCUCAAAAGAGCUGGCCCCGGAUCAAAUGGGCAUUCCAGAGCAGCGGAAUUAUAUCAAAAUCGCAAUUUUCCCUCAUGCAUGUGUGAAAAACGGACCCCGGGAAUGAGCAGCGUAGAUCUCGCCUCGGGAACGCUUGUGUGGGAUAGCUACGAGUCUGACAUCUUUUCAUAGCCAUCUUUUUUACAGACAAAAGAAGGCUACGAAGUGGUAGACCCGCAUAGUGGAGGUCUUCGUCUCCAGUGUAUGGAGAAAGCAGGGAAAAUGUGGAGCAACCUCAGGAACAGAUGUCAUACCCUUUUCCAUGCCAGUGGCUCAGAGACCAACGUAUGCAGCCUAGACAUGGAUCGUUUCCACUGUGUGGUGGACCUCAGCCAAGGACCACACACAGGUGAGUCCCAGGCUGCUCGGGGCUCUGCUUCUUCGCAGGUUCCUGUAGUAAGAGGGGGACGCAGAGGCCAUAACUGCGUAGCUGAUAUUCCCCAGAUUGUAGAGAUCUCAGUUGACAAAGAGAACGAGGAUGUACGGAGGGUCCCGCUCGUGCGGAGGGAUUCCUACUCACGCCAUGCUCCCUGGGGAGGGAAGAAGAAGCACUCCUGUUCCACUAAAACACAGAGUUCUCUAGAGGCAGACAGGCGCACAGGGCGUUCGAGAGGAGGGGUGAGCAGGCGAGAGCGCUGCUAUGGGACCAGUUCCAUCCAAGAAGUAAGUGAUUCUGGAGGAGGGGGCAGCGGACGGAGCUUAAGUGUCCGCUCUGUGCGCCAGCGACUGAAGGACACAGUAGGCUUAUGCCUGCCUCUGCCGACCCCCCGUCGCCCCCGGUCGGCCAAGAGCCAGGUUGCCUCCAAGCGCAAGAUCCACCUAACAGAAUUGAUGCUGGAAACGUGCCCAUUCCCACCAGGCUCCGAUCUGGCCAACAAGUGGCACUUCAUCAAGCAGCAUACAGCACCAGUCAGCCCUCAUUCCUCCACAGCAUUACUGGAUGCUAUUGACCCAGUGCGUGCCUCCCCAGAGGAUGAAGAGGAGAGGCUUCGUGAACGGCGUAGACUCAGUAUAGAGGAAGGUGUUGACCCACCUCCAAAUGCGCAGAUCCAUACACUGGAGGCCAGUGCACAGAGAUCUGCCCUGUACAAACUGGGACCAAAGAUGGCUCCUGGUUCUAGUGAAGGAGCUGGGGAAGUCAGGAGCUUUGGUGCUGGAACCUCUUUUUCAGGGGGGUUUUCUGGGAUAGUGGCACAGGUUGGCGCGAGCAUGGCAAUGCCAUCUCAGGCUGCUGACUGUGACUCUGAGGAGGACUCAACUACUCUUUGCUUACAGGCACGGAGGACUAAGCAGAGGCAUGCCUCCGGGGAUGGGCACUCCUCUAGGCAGUCAGGACCCUGGAAGGUUCACACGCAGAUUGACUUUAUUCAUUGCUUGGUACCUGACAUUCUGGCCAUCACAGUGCUUCCCUGCUACUGGGGGGUGAUGGACCGCUACCAGGCGGAGGCUCUGUUGGAUGGCCGACCAGAGGGCACCUUCCUACUGCGUGACUCUGCCCAAGAGGACUACUUAUUUUCCGUUAGCUUCCGCCGUUACAACCGCUCGUUGCAUGCACGCAUUGAACAGUGGAACCACAACUUCAGCUUUGAUGCGCAUGAUCCCUGUGUCUUCCACUCCUCCACAGUCACAGGUUUGCUGGAGCACUACAAAGACCCAAGCGCCUGUAUGUUCUUUGAGCCUCUGCUCACAGCUCCCCUGCAUAGAACCUUCCCUUUUAGUCUGCAGCACCUGGCACGUGCUGCCAUCUGCCAUCAGACCACCUACGAUGGCAUCGGUGCUUUGCCAUUGCCACCAGCCAUGCAGGACUUCCUCAAGGAGUAUCACUACAAACAGAAAGUGCGUGUUCGCUGGCUAGAGAGAGAGCUGCCGCUCAAGGUUAAGUGAGGCCUGAGUCAGUGUCUGAGAGAGGCAGGAGCUGUGGAGGCAAUGGACUGUCAGCCAGUAUGAAUGUGCAUGGAUCACAUCAACACUCAUUCAACUGGCUUUUAGGCGUGUGGCAAAGGGGAUGUUUUGAACUGCCAAUAUUCAGUUGUUUUAGUUAAUACUUACUUCACAUAGAAUACGCAUUGCUAAUAACCAGUAUAUGCUUUCGGGCAAGCAUGUGUUAAACAGGUUUGAAUUGGAAUGGUUUCUUCCUCUCUGCUCAGACCAUAUCUACCGGAUCUGCUUCAGCCUGUCUGCUAAACUGCCUGCACUACCCUGCGUCCUCUCUGCAAUUAAACUCAUUUGGAGCAAUGAAAGAGUCUUCUUAUACUAAUUAGUCCCAGAUAUUCACUCAUAAAAUGGCCAGCAUCCAUUUAACUUGGUGAACUUACUGAAAAAGUUUUAAAACGUUUAAAGCAAGCCACUCAAGGCUACAUGCAACUUCCCUGGAAAACUAAUAUUUACAUAUGUAUUAUAUGAUUUAUUUACUAAGUCACAGCUAAUUUAACAGCACUAAGUUCAAAUUACUAUAUCCGUCUCAGUAUGAAGUUUCAUGAGGCAGCGCUUAGAUCUCUGAACACUGGGCAGGGUCACAGUUAGACAUGCACCUUUUCAGCAAAGAGCUCUUUUUUAAGGGAGGCACAAAUUAACUGCAUGAGGAGGAGGAAAUUGCCAGUUAGACACAGCGAUCAUUUCCUGUUACCUACCAGCUACACAGAGAGGAGUUAGAUGUAGCUGAACAUGUGCCAUAAAAUAGGUAGGUUAGUGUUCUAAAAUUGGGUUCUAAAACAGUGUCAUCUCUCAGCACAGUCACCGUUUUAGUCUGCUGUUACGUUCUGCUUUUUUGAGUGAGGAUAUCAGCUGAAAAACACAGGCACUUUGUCAUUUGUUUAAAAUAUAUGUGGACUAAACAUAUGCAGUAUCAGAUAAUGAUAGUAUUAUUGAUUCUGUGUUACUUCAUCCCUUUAUAGGGCAUAACUAAGAGUUCUCGUCUACAGUUCGCUGCCAUCAUCUACUCCUAUUCAAGGCAUGAAUCAAUGGUCUGAGUUUCAUGCUCCUUUGAGAUUUUGGGAUAUGAAGUUCUCUUCAUUCAAUCUGUGCAGGGGUUAUAUAUUCUACAUAACAUGAUGGUUUUGCUCUGUGUUUUUUGUUUUUGGGGAAGAAAAAAGUAAUAUUUAAAGUCAGCUUGAAUUGGAAAUCAUAAAGCAUUUUCCUUCAGUUGUUUCUGAGUGAAACAUGGUAUCAGGGAGGGUCUCUGAAGUAGUUCAUUGUUUUCACCAGAUGAUAAAUGAGGGUGGUUUGAAAGGGGAAAGUAAAACAUGAUAUCUUAGACUUGGGCAAAAGUUUUGAUGAAAGGUUAUGCGGAAAAAAUGUGUCUUUUUAAAUAAUGUGUUAUGAAUUGUACUUAGUAUGACCGGGGACAUGAACUAACAAGGUUUAAAAAAAGGUCACUUUUGAGUUCAGGUUGACUUUAAAGGAAUAGUUUGGUGAAAAAUCAAAUAUACUCAAUUUUCCAUGUGGUCGAUAAGCCAAGACAUGUUUGGAGUGCAAAUUUUGCUUCUUUGGUUUAGAACUGGAGCUACAAGGCUAACAAACAAACUAACACUAGAAUUUAGUAGUCACCCAAACAGCCUGUAUCAUUUCUGUAAAAAUAUAGCCCCAAAACAUCUCUCAGACCACAUCCAAGUCUUCAUUAGAAGCAGACUCACUGAUUUAGAGCACAGCAUGACUGACUGUGAGCUAUAAAAAUGAACAAAACUACAUCACUACAGGCAGCCAUUUCAUACAAUUGUGGCUGGUAUUCAUAAGGGCAGGACUGAUCUUGGAUCAUAUUCCUUUAUAUUUGUGACAGUUAUUGUCACAAAUACUGAUUCUGACUCCUGAGGUGGUUUGUCAGUACAGGCACUGUUGCCUGAAGUCACUGCCUUUAGUUUUGUUCUUUCAUACUUAUAUAUACUUAUAUAUACUCAUUUUGGUGAUGUAUUUGUGCAGGCUAUUUGGGUGACAAUUGACUUCCAGUGUUUGUUAGCAAUGUUAGCUUCAGUUCAAAAUUAAAGAAGCAAAAUUUCGACUUGAAACACAUCUCAGCUCUUGUAAGUGGAAAAUUGGAUAAAUCAAAUUUUUACUGAGCCAUUCCUUUAAGGCCUGUACAGUUACCUCACUGUUACUGUCUUCACUGUAGACAAAGCAUGAACACAGAGAAAUGCCAUUUGUGUACUUGUUUAAAGUAUUGAUGUCCUGUUUUCUUAUCAAGUGUGGUUAUUUCCACUUGCAUUGCACUUUUAACCAUUGUGAAGCAGAUACAUUAUGCUUCAUGUGUCAUUUUUGUGUGCACUAAAGAAUGAGACUCCUUUAACACUGUAAAAAAGCCAACUUAAUCGUAUAACCUAAGAGCAUAUGCUUAAUUUGUUGGUGUGAGUGGUGAAUAUUUUUGAUAUGGGACAAAUAAAGGCCAACCUAAAGUCAAGUCUUCAAUUUAAUGUCAAGUUGGAAUAUCAUUUUAAUAUGGAAAGUUGCUCAGGUCCACUCACCUUUUGCAUAACAGUACGUCACAGUGUUGUUCAGUGUUUGUGUUUUUUAGGAUCACUGACCAAAGGUGUGUCUCUAUGCUUAACCUAUAUUAGUGAUACUUUCUGCCAUGUCCUCCAAACCUUUUAUCACAGUUUGUGUUGAAUGAGCAAGAGCAAGUAAAUGCAUUGUCAGUAAUAUCGCUUCCGUUUCAGCUGAAGUCUGCAGAAACCUUGUUUACUGAUCAGUUUCGAAUGACCGAAGGACUGACUAGAGUGGCCCCACAGAAGAAAAGAUCUGACGGUGAUCUUUGCGCAGAACCUUUUAGGUUUAGCUGCGGAUGUGACAGAAAGUUAGCACCAGUGUUCCCGGUGACAGCAUGUGCCUUAAUCCAUCCAUCCCUGCUUUCACACUCAGGUUCUGUAUUUUAGUCUGCUGUGUCCUGCUCAUGCAUAUACUUGGGCCUUUCUGUGCUACCACUCAGCAAAUGAGUCGCUCCUGGCAGAGUUACGCCCUGCCCUGCCCUACAGGCGCUAAUCACAGGCUAAAUUUACUAAGCUAGCCUCUAAAUUUACCACCUACUAAAAGGACCAGUCUGUGUUUCUUGAUAGGUUUUAUGAAAAUAUAGAGAAGAGGGGCCUUUUUUUUUCUUUGCCCUUCCGCCCCAGUCUGACCACAUCCUCAGCAUCACCCUCUUUUUCGGAUACGUCGAGCUGAAAGCAGAAAUUCUGUUGUUUGUGUAGUCUUCUUGGCCUCCACAGUGUUUGGGCACUAUGCUAAAGUUAGCAUUAGCAACUUAGGCUAACACAGGGCUCCAUUGAGACAUUUUGAGUGCUCUGGUGGCUCGCAGUGGGGAGUUGGGUUGAGGUAAAAAAGAGCAAAAAAAAAAGGCUGUCGGUCAUUAUUUGGUUAAGGCUUGAGAGAAUAUGUUUGCCUGCAGCCAUUGUGGAUUUCUGUGCACUCCCCCUGCCAUUCAGACAUUGUUAGCUGCUUUUGAAAUAGUGAAAAUCUGUCAGCCAUGGCAACAGAGAAGAAAGGGGUCUUUUUCUUAAGACUCUUUUGAACUGCACCCCAUAAUUAUGAUCUAGAGCAGUGGGGUUUUCUGUAUCAAACGGUUAGUAUGAUUCCCGUCCUCGCUGUACUGGGGAGUCUGAGGCUCUUCCUGCACUUUGUUCCCUAUGGGAAAUGGCAUGUGUCAGGCUUUGCAGUACCACAUGUUGCCCAUAUGAACUGUAAAACAGACCCUGUGCCAUGAGUACAGAGGAGUAACGUAGGCUCUGUUUCUGUUCACUAGUGAUAAAGUUUGAGAUGCACACUCGAGGCUCCAUUUUGACCUAUAGAAAAAAGAGGCAAGGUGAUAGUUAGAUGUUUUAUUUUAGUAAGAGAUUUUAAGAUUUAUCAGAAAUAAUUAUUGGAUUAAUUCUGAGCACCAGUACUGUACGUAGAGCAAGAACUGAACAUUUUCAGUCAGCCUACCCUACUUUUGCCCUUCGAUUAAACUUAGCUCUGUGCUAAGCUCUGACCUUGCAGACUUGGAUUUCUACUUUUUAGAAUUAGUGUCAAAGGGGGUUGUGUAAUACUUUUAUGCAAACAUCUUAACAAAAUCAUUAUUUUUUGCAUAAAUCUUAUCCCUAAUAUGCAAUGAGCGUGAUAUAACCAUGGUUGCUAUACUGUCACUUUAAUGCUGUACGUGCACAUUUGUUGCUAUAUGAAGGCAGGCGCCUUAGUGACAGGGCUUGACAAUGAUGGGGACUAAUGGUUGUCAUUCUGCAUCCCACACGGCCUCACAAGACCAAUCACAACAUCCGCCCCACUGCUACAGGCUGACGAGCUCUCAUCAGACAACCAUAGCCUAACUCUAAUUAUGUUCCUCCUUUUCUUUUGUUCUUUUUCUCUUUCCAUUAGCUGACGUCAGGCUAGAACUGGAGUGGCUGAAUGGUGAACAUGUUCACUUUUCAGUAUGUGUGUUUAAACCCUGCCCUUGUUGUUUCUUUCUUUCAUUUUCUUUCCACUUUCAUUCUUUUGUCUUUGACUUUGUUUUCAUUUUGAAAGCCAAUGGAUACGAUGCUUGUAGUUGUCACUCUUGGUGCUUUGCGAAUGCUUCAUUGUCUUAAUAUUACAAAUAAAAUUGUUAAGUGUAUUCCUUGCAGUGAAA